AUGGAAUCAGGGCCCAUCUCCAAGCUGAGACAGAGCCUCUUUGGGGACGCGGCCCAGGUCUUCAGCCGUGACUGGCAGAGGGCCGGAUUCACGUUCCACCAUCCUUCUUCUGACCUGGCUUUGACUUUGGAAGUCACAACAGGAGGUGCACGGAGCAUCCAGAUGGCUGUGCAGGGGUUUGUCCUCAAGCACCUGUUGUUCACCAGAAGCGCGGAAGCCGGCCAGCUGUGCGGGCUGCGUGGGCUGAGCGGGCCAGAGCAGGAGCGAGCCCUGGCCGCCGCCCUGGCCGACAUCCUGUGGGCGGCCGGAGCAGCACAGAGGGCCACCGUCUGCCUGGCCCCGGGGGACCAUCGCGCAGCCCCCACGCCCAACCACGCCGGGGCCGACAUCACGGAGAGGCUACAGCUGUUUGAAUUUCCCGAGAAAGCAGCCAUGGAGAAGUUCAUCUGCGAUCACGUGCAGAGUUUCCAAGGAGAAGGAAGCCACGGAGUCAUCCUGUUUCUUUGCAGCCUGGUUUUCUCCAGAACGUUCCAGAGGCUUCAGCGCGACCUGGGCUCCGCCACCACAGCCCUGCUGCGGCCCAGCACCGGAGGCUUCCGGUGCAGGCAGGCCGUGCUGAACUUGAUUCUUACGGGACGAGCGAGCCCCGCAGUCUCCGACGGCGUGGAAGGCGCGGAAGGCGAGCUCGCGGGCGCGCCGGGCGGGGUCCUGACCCGCAGCGACAUGGGCUACCUGCAGUGGGGCAAAGACGGACCCGGGGGCCACGGCCUCCCGCCGGUGGGCAGCAGGCUGAAGACGCCCCGGUUUCCCAUCUGGCUGUGCAGCAUCCACGGCCACCACAGCCUCCUCUUCUGCACCGACAGACGGCUGCUCUCCGACUGGAGAGCGGAGCGCGUCUUCCAGCUGCACUUCUACAGUGGCCACCCCUCCCAGGAGGGGCCCGUGCAGCUCACAGUAGACACCCACGCCCACCCCUGGGAGCAGGAUGGCGGCGCAGACGGUCCCGGCCCAGGACGACGGUGCUGCCCGGUGGAGAUGGUGAUCAGAACCAAGUGGAGAGAGGCCACGGUCGCCUGGAAUGGGGCUCUUCCUCUGUUCUAG